AUGGAUUUACAGAGCCCAGCCCGCUGCUGCCGCUGCUUCGCUCUGCUCUUGCUGGCCUCUUGCAUUGGACACACGGCAGCUUCCAGGAGAAACAUCCCCAGAAGGCAAGAUAGACUGGGGCCUCCUCUAGAUAUACUGAUGGAUUCACUGAACUGUACAGCUUUCAGCAUACAGUGGAGAAUGCCAAGGCAGCAUGCGAGCACCAUCACAGGAUACACUGUGUUUUACUCAGAGGUCGAAGCUGAUAAACCAGUAAAACAGCUUUCACAUGAUGUCCCCCUUAGCUUGGAUAUGCUCAGCAUGAGUCAACUUGAUGGACAAGCGAUUUUUGAUGUUGUUAUCGGCGAUUUAAAGCCAGGCACUCCACACCGCGUUAGUGUAGGAGCUUAUGGCUGGGCAGGAAAAGGACGACCCAGCAUGCCCAGAGACAUCACAACCUUAUCCCAAGAUAAAUGCAUGCCCCCUGAACCACCCUAUCAGCCUCAGGUCAUAGUAGUUUCUGAUUCAGAGGUUGCACUAUCAUGGAAACCUGGAGUCAGUGAAGGAAAUUCCCCAAUCCAGUACUACACCUUGGAGUUUAUCAGGCCAGACCUUGACAGCAAUUGGACAGUAAUAAAAGAGCAGAUCCAGAUGGAAUCCAUGGUUCUAAAAGGACUUAUUCCAAACACCAAGUACCAGUUUGCAAUCAGAGCAGCGAAUUCCUAUGCAUCCAGUUUACCCAGCACUCCAAGCGACGUUAUCCGAACAUUCAGUUCUGAGGAGUUAGGAAGUGGAAGCUAUGGGCAUCGGUAUAUCACAGGCACCAUAGUCGGUGAUGAUGAUGGAUUUGAUAUUGAUGAUUCAGACUAUGACAUUUAUAUUGAAGAGCUCAAGCCACUUCCAGCUAUCAAAGGAGGCAACAGGAAGUUUUUGGUUGAAACCAAGGUUGCUCCAGGGUCUAGUACAAGGCUCCUUUCCAGGCUAAUUACAACCACCUCUGAUCCUAUUACUUCCCCUGCAACAACUAUGCGCCCCAUUCCUACAACCACUGCUAGCAUCACUACAGCUAAGGCAACCAGAAGGAAUGGCAUAGCCUCAGCAGUACGGCUGUUUGAUCUGUCCUGUGAUGAAACCAUCUGCUCUGCCGACAGCUUUUGUGUCAAUGAUUAUGAUCGGGGUGGUUCUCGGUGUCAUUGUAACCUGGGCAAAGGAGGAGAGACUUGCACAGAAGAUAUUAUUAUCCAGUAUCCUCAGUUCUCUGGCUACUCAUACAUCACCUUUGAACCGCUGAAAAAUUCCUAUCAAACAUUCCAAAUUACCCUUGAAUUCAGGGCUGAAGCAGAAGACGGUUUGCUGCUGUACUGUGGAGAGAAUGAGCAUGGUCGUGGUGAUUUUAUGUCACUGGCGAUAAUCCGACGCAACAUCCAGUUCAGGUUCAAUUGUGGGACGGGAGUUGCAGUCAUUAUGAGUGAAAGCAAAAUCAAACUGGGCAACUGGCACAGUAUCACUGUGUUCAGAGAUGGGCUGAAUGGCUGGCUCCGGCUGGAUAACGACACACCAGUCACAGGUAAAUCUCAGGGCCAAUAUAGUAAAAUUACCUUCCGGACUCCUUUCUAUCUUGGUGGUGCUCCUAGUGCAUACUGGUUGGUCAGAGCAGCAGGAACCAACCGUGGCUUUCAGGGCUGCGUUCAGUCACUCAUUGUCAAUGGGAAGAUAGUUGACAUGAGACCCUGGCCACUAGGGAAGGCUUUAAGUGGUGCUGAUGUAGGUGAAUGCAGCAGUGGAAUCUGCGAUGAGGCUUCCUGUAUUAACAGCGGUACCUGCACUGCAAGCCAAGCUGAUUCAUACGUGUGCCUUUGCCCUCUUGGAUUUAAAGGUCGUCAUUGUGAAGAAGCAUUUAUCCUGGCCAUACCUCAGUUCAAUGAGUCGCUGAGGUCAUUUGCUACAACACCCUGGCCGCUGGAACCACAGAACUACCUUUCCUUCAUGGAGUUUGAGAUGACAUUUCGUCCAGAUUCAGAGAAUGGGGUCCUCUUGUACAGCUAUGACACAGACAGCAAGGACUUCCUGUCUAUUAACAUGGUGGCCAGCUAUGUGGAGUUCAGGUUUGAUUGUGGUUCAGGAACAGCCAUUAUCAGGAGUGAAGAACCUGUCAUUCUGGGCCAGUGGCAUGAACUCAGAGUGUCUCGCACUGCGAAGAAUGCUAUUUUGCAGGUUGAUAAACAAAAGCCAGUAGAAGGAAUGGCUGAGGGAGCUUUUACGCAGAUUAAGUGCAACACUGACAUAUUUAUCGGUGGAGUCCCUAAUUACGAUAACCGGAAGAAGAACUCUGGGAUACUGAAGCCCUUCAGUGGAAGUAUUCAGAAGAUUAUAUUGAAUGACCGGACAAUUGAUGUGAAGCAGGAUUUCGCUUCUGGAAUCAACGUGGAGAACGCUGUCCAUCCCUGUGUGAAUUCUCCAUGUGCUAAUGGGGGAAGCUGCAUGCCCAAAAAGGACAGUUAUGAAUGUGAUUGCCCUUUGGGCUUUGAUGGGCAGCACUGCCAAAAAGAGUGUGGGAAUUACUGCUUUAACACCGUUACAGAAGCCAUUGAAAUCCCACAGUUCAUUGGCCGUAGUUACCUCACAUAUGAUAACCCGGAUAUCCUCAAAAGAGUAUCAGGAUCACGAUCAAACGUGUUCAUGAGGUUUAAGACUACCCUGAAGGAUGGUCUGCUGAUGUGGAGGGGAGACAGUCCCAUGCGCCCUAAUAGUGAUUUCAUUUCUUUAGGUCUCCAAGAAGGAGCGUUAGUAUUCAGCUACAAUCUGGGCAGUGGCAUUGCUUCCAUAAUGGUGAAUGGCUCUUUCAAUGAUGGCAGGUGGCACAGAGUAAAGGCAGUUCGGGAUGGGCAGUCUGGAAAGGUAACUGUGGAUGAUUACGGUGCUAGAACUGGUAAAUCACCUGGCAUGAUGAGACAAUUAAACAUCAAUGGAGAUCUAUAUGUAGGUGGCAUGAAGGAAAUAGCACUGCACACAAACCGACAGUACAUGAGGGGUCUGGUGGGGUGUAUCUCGCACUUCACCCUGUCAACAGAUUACCACAUUUCACUGGUUGAAGAUGCCACAGAUGGGAAGAAUAUUAACACCUGUGGGACAAAGUGA